GUUUUUGUUUCAUUUUUCUUCCCUUUGGAACAAAAAAUCCAUUGUGGAAUCAAAAACCUUGAAAUUGAAGAGAGUUCCACAUUUCAACAAAAGAGAGAAAAAGCCAUCAACUUUACACACAUAUAUAUGCCAUAAGAUCAAACAGUUUCUUUCCAUUCAUUUGGAAGAGACUGUUCCUUCGAGUGUUCAUGAGAUCUUUCAUUGUCUGUUUUGGUUUUCUAUUGUAUGAAAAUCAAACAAUUUUAGACAAUAGAAAAACCAAUUGUACAAUUUGAUCUUGGAAACAAAAAAAUGAUCUCUUGGCUUGAUGUCUACCAUGUUGUUUCAGCAACUGUUCCUCUCUAUGUCUCAAUGAUCUUAGGUUACCUCUCUGCAAAACAUCUACAGCUCUUCACACCCGAGCAAUGCGCAGGCAUCAACAAAUUCGUCGCAAAAUUCUGUAUCCCUUUGCUUUCUUUUCAGAUAAUCUCUCAAAACAACCCUUUCAAGAUGAACCCUAAACUCAUUCUCUCUGACAUUCUCCAGAAACUCUUAGCCCUUGUUGUCUUAACCGUGGUUGUAAGAUUCUGGCAUCCAACAGGAGGAAGAGGAGGAAGACUAGGUUGGGUCAUAAUCGGGUUAUCUAUAUCCGUGUUUCCAAACACUCUCAUUCUUGGAAUCCCAAUAUUGGCUGCCAUCUAUGGAGAUGAAGCUGCUAGCAUCUUGAGGCAGAUUGUUGUGAUGCAGAGCUUGAUUUGGUACACCAUCUUGCUCUUCUUGUUUGAGAUUAAUGCCGCAAGGGCGAAAACAUCUUCUGGAUCUUCCACGGAACAUAAUACAGGAGGCAAUGACAAUGAAGAAGUAAAUAGAGAGGAGGAAGAGCCAAAAGAAGAAGAAGAAGUAGCCAUAGUGAGAACAAGUCUGUUCAUGGCAUCACAAAGGAGUUUUAUAGCAUGUGGAACAAAAAUGGCGGUUAUAGCAAUGCUCCUCAAGUUCGUAUUAGGACCUGCUCUUAUGAUUGCUUCUGUGUUUAUCAUGAGAUUACGAAAUAAUCUCUUCAAAAUCGCAAUACUACAGGCUGCAUUGCCUCAAGGAGUAGUGCCAUUUGUUUUUGCAAAAGAGUACAAUCUUCAUCCGGAGAUUGUUAGUACUGGGGUGAUCUUUGGAAUGCUAAUUGCCUUGCCAACAAUUUUGGCAUAUUAUUUUGUAUUGGACAUAUGAAUAUGACAUGUAUAAAUUGAACUCUUUUUAAAAAAGAAAAGCAUAAAUUGGAUUUAUGUGGUAUAAGUUAAGGAACUUUUUCAUAAAUGUCAACCAUUAUCUUUGUUCAUAA